AUGUCUGGCUUUUUCCGCUUCGACAUUCUCAAGCAACAGCGCCAGGACUCCUUUGACUCCGUCAAGUCCCUCAAGUCCCCGUCUUGCAAGUCUCCCUCGGCAGGGCCCUCAAGGUCCCAGUCCAUCCAGAGCGAGCCUGCUGCUGUCGAGGCCACACCUGCCAACCCUACCCGCCCCAAGGCCCACCGCAACUGGAGCUUCGGCCGUGUCCUCGACGAAGAGGCUCAGCAAAAGCGCUGUGAGAGCCAAGAUGAGAAGGACCGCCUUUACUUCGCCGCCGCGCGGAAAUACUCCAGCGCCCACCGACGCAGCCAGGGAGCUGGUGUUGGCUUCGAGGGAGGCUGGCAAUAA